AUGAUUUAUUGAGGGGUAUAUUCGGUAGUUUCCUCCCGCGCUUCUGCUCCAUUCUCCGGGCAGUGGUGCGAAAAGCUGAUGGUUGGAGCUUGGCGAACGAUCAGAUCAUUCGCACGAGAUGCUCUUCUGAAACCCAGACAAUAAACCCUAGGCGGGAGGAAGUUUUCCAACCUGCCGAUCCACUACGUGCAACUACAUUUGGUGAAAUGAUCGAUAGGAGUGCAUCACCUCUAGUUAAAUAUAAUCCUGGUGUACAGACAACAAAUUCUUCGUUGGAUGCUGAAAACUCUAAUUGGAAUUACUUGAAGAGAACAUCCUUUUUUGAAACCGGCGCUUCAACUUUGAAUCAUUUGAUGCCAAUAAUUAAUCAUCUUGAUAUUGAUGCAUUGAGCAAUUUAUCAAACUCUCUGUGUCCUGCUGCAAAAAUUGGAGGUGUGGAGUAUUUCUUGCCUUCCGGGAUUGGAUAUUCAUUAUCAAAUACUCAAGGAGAACAAACCAAUUUUGCAAAUAAGGUUGAAUCUGAAGAACCUGCAUAA